AUGAGCAACUGUUUGGCCGGUCCCGGUGGUACCCAUCCCGACCUCAGCCACCUGACCGCAGAGGAACGCCUCAUCAUCCAGGGAGUCCUCGCCCGCCAAAGGGCUGAAGAGCAGAAGGAACGCGAUCUUCUAAAACGAGAAACCGACCAGGUUAAGCAGCUAGAAAGUAAUAUAGUAACGAAGAUUGGCCAGAAUGCACGGAAUCCACUGGAAAUGCUGCUGGGGAGUGCGAGCAACCAACAUCAGCAACAACAACAACAACAUCAUCAUCACCAACAACAACAACAACAUCAACAGCAAUUACAACAACAUCAACAAGCACAGCACAUGGGACCUAGUGGCAUGGGUCCCCACAUUAUGGGACCACAAUCGGGGAGCGCUUCUCAACAGGCGCCCCCCGCGACCUGCCAACUUUGCCUCAAGACCAAAUUUGCUGACGGUGUUGGACAUAUCUGCAACUACUGUAAUGUACGAUGUUGUGCCCGUUGUGGAGGGAAAGUGAAUCUACGUUCAAACAAAGUAAUCUGGGUUUGUAUCUUGUGUCGCAAGAAGCAGGAAUUGCUCAUCAAAAGCGGUCAGUGGAUCAAUCAGCCACUGAACGCCAUGGCCACAAAUCCGCAACAGCAACAACAGCAGCAGCAACAAAUGAAUCCACAACAUUCGAUGUCGGUUUUGCAACGGGCACGCUCCGUAGAAAUUCCAUCUGGAGGGCCGUCUUACAUGGGCCCCGGGAUGGCGGGAAAUGCUGCAGGUAUGGGCACGUCCGUCAGCGGCGCUGGAGGAUUGUGGCGUGGGAGGAUGGGCAACAGUUUCAACGAAUAUCAGGACCCCUAUCAGCAGCAGCAGCAGCAGCAGAACUUCAAUAUGAUGCUGAAUCAAAAUCAAACGAAUCAAAUGGGUUUCGGGGGAUACAAUGCGGCCCAGAACAGGCGAGGCGAGUUCAGAAGGCAAUUAUCGGCUGGUAACGCUGAGUACGGGGCUUGCUAUCAGCAACAGCAGUUUGCCACACAACCGCAAAUUGCACAAACACAAUCGCAGCAGAACUUGACUCAGCCUAACCAAGGCGCCUUCGGAAUGCCCCUGCUCAAAAAUCCAACAAACCUGUCGAAUUCCUUUCAAAACUUGUUCUCACGGCCAUUCGGGAAAGGUCAACUACAACAGCAGCAGCAGAUGCAACAGCAGCAACAGCAGCUGCAUACGCAAAACUAUCAACAGCAACAAAUGGUCGCGAUGGGUUCUCAAGUUGGGAUGGGGUCGGCUGGCAUCAUCGAUCCAACGUUUCCGCAAGUUCUUGGCUCCCAUCCAAACAUUACCGGUGGUGGUAACUCGUCUGGAUUAGGACCCGGAAACCAGUUGGGCAUCGCGAAUGCUCGCACGAGGGGCGGUAUGCUGAGGAACGACUCGCUGAGUUCAGACCAGUCUUACACCGAAUCCCACCACAUGCAUCAGCACCGUAGGAGACACAGUAGGAAGCUAGGCAAGAAAAAGAAGAGGUCGUCCACGUCAGGCAUGACAGCAGGAACGCGAUCAUCUUCUGGUCGUGGACGUGGAUCCUCUGAUGAUGAACUCAACUCAGACUGCUCCUCAUUCGGUAGCAUUGAAGAUCUUGAAAGCGAUUUUCGGCGAGAAGAAUUAUUCGAAGGCAAAUUCAAGAGAUUCCCAGCCAAUCCCGUCAACUGGAGACCGUCGUCGAACAACCCCGGAAUUCUUAUCGGUCACAUGCUAUUAAAAAAACUGCCGUCUGGUCUUGGAAGUCAAGAAACUCCAGCUCAAAUCCUAGGAAUAAAAAUUGUAGGCGGUAAAAUACUCCGCAAUAGUCGCAACAAGAAAACGCUCGGGGCGAUAAUCGAACGUGUACGAAAGGGAAGUACAGCUGAUGUGGUUGGCCAUCUGAAGCCCGGUGAUCAAGUGCUCGAAUGGAAUGGGCACUCUUUACGCCAAAAGACCUAUGAAGAAGUCUUCGAAAUAAUUCAAGCCUCCAGUCAGGAUCUGCAGGUCGAACUGAUCGUGAGCCGACCUUUGGUUGAGGGCGAAGAACCCAUGGGAUACGACCCUCGCGGCAGCAAAGAUACAAGACGGCAUUCUUCGGCGACUCUGUUACAGGGAGCGUCGUCCGGUUUGAAACGAAGCGAUUAUCUUAGAAAGACAUCAUCGACGACAUAUUUGCCACCCGCGGGUAGCCUAGGCAUGGGCAGUCGACGUCGUUCAAUCACGUCGAUGGUAUCUCUGGGUCAAGACCUCCUCGGAGGGCGAAUUCAGAUCAAGUUAUGGUAUGACGCGGCCCAGCUUCAAUUGGUUGUGACUGUCGUCUGCGCUGCCGAACUGCCUCCUCGACUGGUGGCCGCAGGACCCUCGAACCCUUCGAUGAAUUUGACAGAACCCCGGAAUCCGUACGCCAAACUAUUCCUCCUGCCCGAUAGGAGUGACCAGUCCAAACGAAGGACGAAAACGAUCGCAGCUUCCGACGAGCCAUAUUGGAACCAGACUUUUAUAUAUUCGCCAUUGCGACGUUCCGAUCUCAUGCAACGGGCACUCGAAGUUACCGUCUGGGACUACGACCGAUAUGGAGCAAACGAUUUCCUUGGUGAAACCAUCGUGGAUCUGGCCAAUAUCAACAUCCCGUUUCAGGAUGAUAUCAACGAAGAAGGAGAAUGGUAUCUUUUGUCUAUGGAGUCCAAUAGAUAUAGCGGUGAAGGCUUCUUAUGCGGAAGCACUCAUAUAGGCCACUCUGCUUCGGCGAGCGUCUUGCGCCCCGCUCCGCGUUCCAGCUCGGCUAUGCUGACCACAAGACAACUCAUGGCCUCCUCAUCCGCAAGGUGGUAUUCGGAAGGGGAAGAGUUAAGUGAGUGGGAAGCCGCAUCGCUGGAUGAAUAUGACUCCCCAAGCAUGUACCUGGAUUCAUCUGGUAGACAGAGAGUUGGUAGUCUCGACACGCUCAAUCUUCAGUCACAGGGCUUCUCCAGACGGAGACCCUCAUUCGGCGGCCGCGCUGGGCUCAUGACCAGAGGGGAUACAUCUUUCCUCCAUGCGGUCCAUCCGUUAGACAGAGCUACUGGAUCGUCAGGGCAACCGGACGCGUUGGGUGGCGCAGGAGGGCUACCACCGACCUCGAAUACUUCGAUGUCAUCGACAACGGCGGCUGUCUCCGGUCACCAUAUACAUCCUCAUCAUUCUCUGACGUCGAGUUUACACGGUCAGCCGCCCUCGCAGAUUGCGCACCACCAAAAACAUAAAGCUUCAGUUUUAUUAAGAGGUUGCUCAUUAGAAGAGGACGAUUAUCAUCAUCAAAGUGGAACACUUCAGCCUUCCGCAGGAGGCUCCAAUUUAUCUCUCAGAUCUUUAUCACCUCCUAGGACUUUUCGAUCAAAUUCGCCAACGUAUUCGCUGUCGCACGAGACGCUCAUCGGCCAGAAGCGUCAGCUGCCUCCCAUUCCCUCUGGAAGAUACCAACGAGGCGAUCAGAGCACUCUGGACCUCGAAGAACGAGCUCGCCAGAUCAAGGCUCGGAUGCGAAGGGCCUCUCGCGUAGGACCAAGCCCGGUUUACGUCUCCGACUCGGAACUGGGAGUUCAGAGCUCCUCCUCGUAUUACUCCGAGAGGGAACGGGAGAGAAUGGACCAGCACUAUGGGGACCAGAUGCGAGGCCGAGAUCGCCACCGGGAGUCCUCAAUGGACCGCUGGGAGAGGCGAGACUCGAGAGACCAUUCCGAAGCGCUGCAUCGCGGCGCCUCAGACCGGCGGCAGAGCGGCUCGACGACGGCAGCAGAUCAACACAGUAGACAUCAUCGGGGUCACGGGAGCGGGGGUCAGCAAGCCUCGAGGACCUUGUCGGAAUUCACUCUACAGGAGAAUCAAUCUGGCGGUCCCGUUCACCCGUUAACUUCGUCUGGCCGAGGUUCGUCUAACGAGCUAUCCUCUGUGUCCGGGACGAUGGCACGAGAUAGCGGCGGUCGAGAACGGCGUGAACUCACACGUCGGGCCGAGUCUGUCGAGGAGUCGACCCGAACGUCGUCUCAGUCCGUGUCCGAGACCAAGGAGGGCUCUGAGGAGGGCUCCCUCUCCGAUACAACCACAGCCAACGAAGACAAACUCGGUGGGAGCUCAUUCGAGAUUGCUGACGUGUCCUCUUACACGUCAUCGCACUAUGCAAAAGCUAAUCAGACAUCGUCUUCGUCUUCACAUCACGGUGGCCACGGUCACCACGGUCAGUCUUCACAGCAGCAGGCGGGUGGUGGGUCUGGCGGCGCCGAAAAACAACACCGUGGAGAUCAUCAGCAGCAGGCGUCUUCAUCGCAACAGCAGCAGGCGGCCCAGCAGAGCAAAAGUAAGGGAGCGCGUUUAGGCUUCCGGAAUCGACGCAAGAACAAAAUCGGACGAGGAGUCCACCGUUCCGAAGAAGUUGCUCCCGACGAAGUACGUCACCUCGUUAGACAGGCAAGCAGUGUGUCCUCAGACGGAGAAGGCUCGCUAUCAGGGGAUUCGGCUACGACGUGGGGGGCGUCAUCGGUGAGAGGCGCCUCCUCCGUUACAUCGGUGGUCAUUCCCCCCGGCGGCUUUGUCGAAGGCCUAGGCCCCGGCCAGCUCGUUGGCCGGCAAGCCCUAGCUAGUCCUAGUCUAGGAGACAUACAAAUGAGUUUCUGUGAUAGGAAAGGAAAUCUAGAAGUAGAAGUUAUCCGGGCAAGAGGUCUACAAACCCCUCCAGGAGGUGCAAAUGUCCUUCCGGCGCCCUACGUCAAGGUAUAUCUAAAUAAUGGAAACAGCAUAGUUGCUAAGGCCAAAACUACAGCAGCCCGGCGUACUCUUGAUCCCCUAUUCCAACAACGGCUCAUUUUCCACGAGGACUACAGGGGCUGUCUUCUACAGGUGACCGUGUGGGGCGACUACGGCACGAGUAGCGGAGUAAGGCUAAAGAACGACGGGAAGGCUUUCAUGGGCAUGGCGCAGAUCAACCUGGAUGAUUUAGAUCUAGGGCGAAUCGUAAUCGGCUGGUAUAAGCUGUUCCAUCCGACUAGUUUGGUUAAUGUUGUUGCUUCGCAGCCUGAUUGA